AUGGAGUCCCCCAACAAACUCAAUGGCAUGGGGACAUGGCGCCGCUACAAGCUCGGCCAGGCGCAGUUCACCAGCUGGCUAAAGCAGACGGCCGAGAAGCUAUUGACGCGAAAGAAUGACGACGCCGGAGGAAAACAAGACGAAGCAGCAGGCGAUGCAGAGUCGGCACCCCAGCAGUCGCGUCGCCAGAAGAAGAAAGCCAAGUCUGCAGGGACUGGCGUUGGGAUGACUUUCGACACAGGGACGGGCAAGUUCGUCCAUUGGAGCCAACUCGAAGUCCUCGCCCAACGCGUUGUUGAUAAUGCCACCCCCGACGACGUUCCCGAAUCUGCCCUUAACAUCCUCCGCGACGUCGUCAGCCUGCGGAAGAAGAGCUUCAGCUUUUUCAGUAGCUCUGCCAAAGACACCGACGAUGAGAAGCUCAGGCAGAGCAACGCCAACCAUGCCCACAUCAUCAGCGUCCUCGAACGAGUCCUGGCCAGGUUGGAAGUCCUCGUCAAGGCUGGCGGAAGCAACCAGCGCAAACCAAAAUCGACCGAUAACACUCGGGUUGCUACGUCGGACCUGAGUAACAUGUUCGCCUUCCUCGAACUGCAAACCGACCCAACCACCGCCGAUGACGCCGCGGCAGACCAGCUCGAGGAAGAAGCCCCGGCUGCCGAGCUCAAGGGAGGGCCGCAGAAAGCUGGGAAGAAGAAGGGCGGAAAGAAAAUGGGGAAGCCCAAAAAGCACGAGACAAAGCCGGAGAAGGCAGCGGCCAAGACCAAGGACGGCACCUCUUGGGUGGACAAGUUCCGCUUUGGGUUACCCGGCGAAGAAGAGGACGAGGACGACGAGUUCGAUCUCUACAUGAUGGUCUAUUGCUUUUUCGAGGACUUCAACGCCAUCCGGAGCCAUGUCGCAGAGCGGUGGUGCGACUACUGGUACGAUAGGUCUGUGCCGCUCGACACGCUGGCCGUCGUCACCAACGCCGCCUUCGAGCUCUUCCAUCAGCUGGAGUACGACCUCGUCCGGGAACUGAGGCCCCUGAGCCCGGAGUUAGCGAGAUACGACUUCAUGAUGAGUAUGCUCUUCUACCACUACGGAAUCGACCACAUCGACUACGCCUCGUACGACGAUCUCACCGACGACGAACAAGACGAGCGUAUUUGGAAGGACGAGUCCGACUGGUUGGCGCUAGAAUCGCAUUUCACCCUGCAACGGACCCUAGAGUCGAUACCCCCGGGAAAGGUGCCGAUGUUGGCCCCGUCUCAUCGCACCCCCACUGUCUACGGUGCUAGGACCUUAGAUGAGUGGAAAACUUUCGAGUCGUUGGUGACCAACCAGAUUAUCCUCGAAGGGGCCCAUCUAAAGGCCCUCAAGGUCAAUCAGCAGGAACCACCGGUGCUGCCCGCCGAGUCCCUGCUCUUGCUGGACUUUCAGGAUUGCUUGAAGAAGAACAGCUACAACUCGUCCCUGAUAUUUUCUCUGCACCUAUGGGUGGACAUCCGCAACAUCAUGGAGUCUGACCAUGACAAACCGUUUGAGGAAUUGCAGACCACCGCCACGAAACUCAAAGCAGCGCUCGAGAAAUACAACCCAAUCAAGUAUCGCAAGGACCACGAAUUCAAGCGGGCCUGGAUCAGUCGUCUCUGGGAGACCAAGCACUACAUGGUGGAGGACUUCCUGUUCGAGGACAAGAAAGCCCGCUUUCGGCAAAUUGGGAUCGAGGAAGAUCCCGAGCCUUUCUUUCUGCUCAGGCAUGAGCCUGUAUGGACGGGUUUGCUUGCCUUCCGUGCUAAGCUGGUAUACAGCCAGCUAGGGCAUGGAUUUGUCCAGCUCAGCUCUAUCGUCGAGGCUGCAACAUGCUUGUAUUAUGCCGCCCGCGCAGCAGACCCGGACCUCCCUCGCUGGGAGGACAUGGAUAAGUACGUGGACACACAUAAGAUCGCGCCACAAGACGGAGAGGGUGCAACGGCUAUCAUCUGCAAGUACGCCGAAGCAAAAGGCGGCAAGCCGGCGCAAGACAAGGAGACCGCCCACUCGACCAAUGGCAAUGACCCAAUCCCAGCGGUUGCCGUACGGAAGAGUCUGUACCAGCGAUAUGCUUUUGACGAGAGACGCGCACCUUUUGUCGACUACCUCGGGGAACUCACCGCACAGCGGCUGCAGAUCGAGCGCACUGAGCGGCAAGGUGCCCGCAAAGCACCCGCACACCCGGGGACCGACACGACCGAUCCCGCUGAAGUUAAUGACGGAAACGGCGUGAGCAAAGCCACUGACGCCGAGUCGGACUUCCAACGCGAUUCGGAGCUCUCUCGACUGUCGCCCAUCAAAAUGCUCGAGUUGCUGGAUGAGACGGUCACAUCCCAGGUGGAAGGGCUGCUCACGCUCGAUUAUUUCAAGCUGUUUGAUGAGUCUGCCGCUCUGCUCGAAGCCGUUGCCAGUGGGUUCGGUCCCGACAUGGAAAGCCGUCUUGGCCGCCCCCACGAUGGCGAAUCGCCGGCCACCGUCGAGCGACUCCCCAUUCUUCUCGGCCAAGACUUGAAGGAUUCGCAGGGCUCUGAACGGGAGACGAGUAUUAUUAACAUUGUGGUUGCAACAUGCCGGGAAGUCCUUCAAGGACUUGUGUAA